GCUUUCGAUGCCGUGCGACCUUGCUCCUCCAGCCACCACCCCCCCCUUGGGGAGGAAGAGCGCACGCACGGCUGCGGCGGCGGCGCUCAGUACCAGCGAAGAUGAGCACCCUGGCGGAUCACUUCCAUUUCCUCCCCCCGGCCCUCAGAUCCAGAUCCAGAUUAAGACCAGCCAUUUGGCUUCGGAGCCAAAGAAACGUCAGAGGCUCCUCCGGCGCCCUUGCUCCAGCCAGCCCCCCAGUCAUUGGGGGGCGAAGCGCGCGCGCACCACACAGCCCCGCUGCCGCCCUGCUCUUCCUGAUAAUAACUGGAGGGACUGGGCUAAUCUUGACGAUGGCCCGUUGGGGCUGAUUGCUGAGCUCGUCCUUGCCUAUGAUGUUGCCGACUACCUCCGCUUCCGUGCCGUGUGCUGCCCAUGGCGACGUUGCUCUGUUGACCCACGCGCCCAUGGUGGUCUGGACCGCCGGUUCCAUCCCCGGCGGUGGACCAUGCUCCGGGACGAACUCGUGGCGCCGGAAAGCCGCUGCUUCCUCAACACAUCCACCGGCGAGUGUGUAAAGGUCUGCAUAGCAGAGCUCCAUGACCAUGAGCUGCUCGCAGUCACCCCCGAGGGCCUUCUUGUUCUUCUCCACGACCGCAACCACGUCCGCCUCCUCAACCCGCUCACCCGCCACCUCACAAAGCUCCCUCCGCUCACCACGCUGCUGCCCUCUGAGGACCAUGGUAUGCUUGACGAAGAUAGUGACGACAUGGAUUUUAUUGCGUGGGGCUCUGGUAUUGCCAGUGAUGAUUCUACAUUCGUCCUCUGCUUCGACAUGCUCCAACUGCUUGGCACGGCCAAGCCCGGCGACGACCACUGGACUUUGCUAAAAUACAACAGUGAUGGCAUCACAGUGGCACCCUUAUUGUUUGAAGGCAGCUUCUACUGCGUUAGUGACGAUGGUGUCUUGGUACUCAAAAUCGGCGCAGAUCAGCCACCACGGCUGGAGGUGGCUGCCAAGAUGGAAGACAUGCGUGUCUCGCGGAUUGCUGAUAGUGUGCACCUCAUCAACAAUUGUGGGGAGCUGAUGCUGGUGCACCGUCGAAGGGGAUUGACAGCAGAUAAUAAAUCAGGUUCUUGGUAUGACACAUAUCGAGUGGAUUUGGACACCAGGACACUAUUUCUGGCCAAUAGCUUUGGCGGUGACGCAGGGCGUGCAGUGUUCAUUGGCAUGCAUUGCUCUCUUUCAAUCUCUCUAGAGGCUUUCCCCACUGGCUCCAUAAGCGCCGACACCAUCUACUUGAGCUUUGAUGUUGGCGAGAGAGAGCGGUUAGAAGUUGGAGCAUUUCAUCUGGCAGAUGGAAGCAUAGAACGCCCCAGCACAUACAGCGGUGGCUUGGUGGCACGGCCUCAUACUCUUGCUGACUGUCUAUCCUUAGCAAAUGCUGUAUUAUAGCUAGAGUUAAUAUUUAGCAGGCAUGUAUAUGCAAUGUGUACUCUUCUUUUAUCCCAAUUUGGUUUAGGUAGUGUUUGAGUGCAUGUAUCUAGACCAGAAAAGAAGUGUGUGCACUGCAGUCUCUUGCAGUACAUCCAUGUUUGAUGGAAAUCUCUGUUGAAAGUAACCUAUUCUCUUUGAUGGAAUAUGUGACAUUGUGAGAUUCCAGGAAGAUGCUUAGUUGAAGGCAAACCUUGCGCUUUACGAUAAAUAUAUGACAUCUACAAGGGAAUGAAUUUUCUGGUGUAGAAACGAAGAGGCACUGACUUCGGUAUUUUUAAAAGUCAAAUAUGAUGUCUCCUUCCAAAGACCCGCGUGCGUGUCCUCGGGGUAUCUUUCUUCCGAGCAAUCAAUUUGGCUCAGAUUUCGCGUAGGCAGUUCACCUCUUCAAGAAACUCCUAUUUCAGAAAGAACAUUGUUUGGACUGAUGUACUGCUGAAAGACAGAAAUAGCGAAGAUGGUAAAUCUUCUAGUGACAAUGUACUCCUGUCCUACCUUGAUCAAACAAGAUGACUGAGAAGAUAUUUGGCUCCCUAACCGAAAUAGAAACCG